UGUAACCCCCAUCCGCUCAUCAGCCCUGAGCUCUGAUUGGUUCUUUGCGUCUCUAAAUGUCAUUGGCUGAGCUGGAGUCUGCUGCUGCGUACCUGACGGAGGACAUGAGGGACGGGAGGUGAUGCUUCAGAUAGAAAAGGAGCCGGUUCUGCUUCACCACGACCAACAGAACCAGUACCAACAGAACUACGACCAGGACCAGCAGGACCACGACCAAGAGAACCCGAAGCAAACGCGGGAUCUAAGCCGGAACCUGCUGCUGCUCCGGACUCUGUGACUGAGGCUGAGCAGGAGAACGAGAGACAGUCACAUGAGCUACUGACAGUAGAUGAGACUCUCCCUCUUCUGAAUAUCUGGAGGAAGUUGUCAUCAUUUACCCCAGUGCAUCAUGGGAACGACAGUCCUCUUCAUGCCACUCCUCUGCCUUAUGAUGUCAUCAGUGUGUGCUGGAGUGGGUGGGGCCAGUCAUGCAGGUGGUGCUGUGCUCUGUCCUCAGCAGUGUGUGUGUGAGACACGGCCCUGGUUCACGUCACAGUCUGUGUAUCAUCAGGCUCGAACAGUGGACUGUAACGAACUUCACCUGCACAUGGUUCCUGUGGACAUCUGCACAGACACACAGGUUCUUCUGCUACAGAGCAACAACAUCUCGUUCAUCUCAACUGAACUUCAGAGUCUGACAAACCUGACAGAACUGGACCUGUCCCAGAACCACUUCACACAGGUGACCUCCAUGGGUCUGGACUCUCUGUCUCGACUGGUCACUCUGUAUGCCGAGGAGAACGUCAUUGAGGAACUUCUGGACUUCAGUCUGAGGAACCUGAGCAGUUUAGAAGAACUUUACCUGAACCACAACCACAUCUCUUCCAUCACUGCCAACGCCUUCACUGGACUCAACAACCUGCUCAGGCUCCACCUGAACUCUAACCGUCUUGUGGCCAUCGACAGUCGUUGGUUCGAGUCCCUGCCGUCUCUGGAGAUCCUGAUGAUCGGGGAGAAUCCCAUCCUGGGUCUGGAGGAAAAGAAUUUCCUGCCUCUGUCCCGUCUCCAUAGUCUGGUUCUGGCGGGAAUGGGACUGACGUCUGUCCCCACCACUGCCUUCCUGGGUCUGGACUACCUGGAAAGCCUGUCCUUCUAUGACAACCGGCUCAGGUCGGUUCCUCGGGAUGCUCUAAACAUGCUUCCUAACCUGAAAUUCCUGGACCUGAACAGGAACCCGAUCAGCCGAGUCCAGCAGGGAGACUUCCAGAAGCUUCAGCACCUGGAGGAGCUCAGUCUAAACAACAUGGCCGACCUGUUGAUGGUGGAAGGCGGAGCUUUCCAGAAGCUUCCACAAAUGGUCAAACUGGAGAUUUGUAACAACCCGCGACUUUCCUACGUGGACCCGCGGGCCUUCAGUGAGCUGUCCUCCCUGCGGACUCUCCUCCUCCACAACAACCAGCUCCGCCUCCUGUCAGCUGACGUCCUCUCAUCCCUCCCCUCUCUGGAUGAGCUGUCUCUUCACUCAAACCCGCUGCGAUGUGACUGUCUCACCACUUGGGGGCCGCACCUCGGCAACCAAUCACAUGUGAGACUGCUGGAGCCGUCCAUCACCGUCUGCUCCACUCCUUCUCACCUCAUUGGUCGGGAGCUGCAGGAGGUAGUGGCAGUUGGGUGGGGUGUGGGUGGAGCCAACAGCUGUCUCCCUCACAUCUGUCCUCAGUCACUCCCACCGACUGUGAAUGUCACAGCCGGGCAGCCAAUCAGACUGGAGUGCUGGGCGGAUGCUGACCCCGCCCCUCAGUUCUACUGGGUAACACCCACUGGAGAUAAGGUGAGCUCUGAGACCAUGGCUGCACCAAUCACAUUAGAGGAGGGGUCGGGCCUGAGCAGAUCAAAGAAGACCAAACAUCGUAUGUCAGAACUCGGAGUUCUGGUGAUCAAACACGCCGAGCCCUCAGACGCAGGUGUGUACACCUGUGUGGCGUGGAACUCGGAGGGCGCAGACACAAGGAGUGUCUCGGUGUCAGUGGACUCUCAGGGGUUCUGGUGGUCCAGCGCUGGAACCUGGCGGGAAGGCGAGUCCAGCAGAGAUCAGUCCUGGUCGGGGAACUCGUCGAGUGCUGCAGCCUCUCUGGUGGUUCUGGCCAAGGUAGUUCAUGCCCAGUCCGUGGUUCUGGAGUGGAGGUUGUUUCCCAGUGGAGGAUCUUCGUCUGAAGCCCCGCCCCCUCUGCUCCACUGGACCAGUGCCAUCGUCCACAUAGACAAUCCUCAGAUCAGCUUCACUGCUGAGGUUCCAGUGGACGUGCAGGAAUAUAACCUGACUCACCUUCUUCCUGCCACCGAGUAUCACGUCUGUCUCACCGUCUCCUCCUCAGCUCUUUCUCUCCCCACCUCCUCUCCUGGCUCCUCCCCCUCCCCUCCCUCGAGCCCCGCCUCUCCUAUCCACACUUCCUGUGUGAACGUGACCACGAAGGAGGCAGGCUUCUCGGUGGAGCUGGUGGCGUCUCGGCGCAGCAGCGUGGCGUUGGCGGCAGUCAUGGGCUCCAUGUUCGCUCUGUCCAUCAUGACCCUGUUGACCUUCUACAUGAGACGCCGCGUCCAGCAGCACAAGAGUGGCGGUCACUCACUGAAGACGUACAUGCAGCACGCCGCGUCCACGUCCAUCCCACUCAACGAGCUGUACCCGCCCCUCAUCACACUGUGGGAGAGCGAGGCCGACAAAGACAAGGACGACAAGGAGGACGAGAGGGGUCGGGCACAGAGGGGGGAGGAGUCAGGGCUCAGUCCGAUUGACACCUCCAAGACGUACAUGUGGUAGCUGCGUAAGGGGGCGGGGCUUACCCUUUAGAAGCACUAAAUUUCAGUUGAGGAGGGCGGGGCAAGACGGGCGAGGGAGGAGGAAAGAAGGGAGGGGCCUGAAAUGUUUGCAGUCCUUUCUUCACAGAAUGUGACGUUCACUGUCUCCCUGAGUGUGGGAAGUUUGACUUCGCAUCAUAUUUUGGAGGAAAGUUUUUUAUUAACUUUACUUUCAAUUAAAUUCUUUGUGUUGGAAACAGACACCGUUUCAUAUCUGGACCAUUUCAUCUCGUAAAGGUUUGAUGAUUUGACCUUUGACCUCCAAAACAUAAAAACACCAGAAGAUCAGCUGUAAACCUCUGAGUCUCUUCAUGUCCUUCUUUCCUUCCUCGUGUCCUCCCUCGUUUCCUUCCCCUCGUGUGAAGCACACUGACGGUCUUUGCACUGUCAAAGCAAAGACUCAGGUUAUUGUACUGAACUUGAACGCAGCACUGACACUCGCACUUACAAGCCCCGCCUUCAAAUGUCUGUCUGUCUGUGAUGUGGACUCGAUCAGAGGCGGUUGUGUUGUUGAACGCCGCGCAGCAUGAACACAUCACGGUUUAUUAUUGUUUGUGGUGGUCGUCGUGGCAACAGUCCCCUCUAUGUCCAGCUUUAUUGAAACCUUCUGCAUGGACAGGAAGAGCAUUCUUCUGACCUGACCUUUUAUUUGACCCUAUUAUGCCGAGGGUGAGGGCGGGGCUUCACACCUGUCAAUCAAGACGGUUUGUAAACAAGCCUCUUUUUUGUUUCACUGAUGAGGAACAUUACAUUACAUUACAUUACAUUACAUGUCAUUUAGCAGAGGCUUUUAUCCAAUGCGACUUACAAGGGAAUUGAGUACAACCUGCCAGGGGUGGAGUUGAACAUGCGACCAUGAAUUCUUUUGCACACAGGGUAACGGUCUUAACCACUGAGCCACUCCACCCCAAACAAACUGAACAAACUGAACGUGUGACACCAGAACAGAACCAGGACCAGGACCUGAACCUGAACAAGAGUCUGAAUCUGAUGUUUGGUAAAUAAACACUCACAUUAAGCGACAGCGCCCUCUGCUGGUGACGAGCACUGACAUUAAACUUGACUGUAACAUUAAAAAUGCAGGGUAUUUGUACAAAGAUAAAACAUAUCAUUAUUAUUAUUGUUAUUACUGUCACUCAACACUGAGCACCAACUUUAACUAGAAGUGUGUGUGUGUGUGUGCGUGUGUUGAUAUAAAUAAAGACUUUGUCACUCUA